GGAGGAGGAGGAGGGGGAAGAGCCGCUGGCCGCCGCCAGAGCAGCGGCAGCGAGAGGCUAGUCAGCCGGCGCCGAACGUCGGUGUGAGGCUGCAGAGAGAGGACUAGCUGGGGGAGAAAUACUUUGCUCCUUUACUGCAGUGCCCCCUCUUCCCCAAUCCAAGUGUGGUUUCGAGAAAAUGGCUGUGGCUGGCAGGAGUUUGCACUUGUCACCAUUCACUGACAUCAUGGAGAAUUGUUAUUGAGGACAGAUCCAUUUGAUGGGAUGUAAUUAAAAAAAAAAAUGAAUCAAGAUAAAACCUCUAAAUGCAAGUACCAGAAAAAUUACAACACAUCUCAGUGAUUUUACAAGUGAAGAGAGAGAAAUUGCUGUGAACUGAGGUACCAGGAAAAAUUUCAUAUGGAGAGUAAGAUUCAAAUUGUCCUUGAAAUAUAAGUUGAAUUUAAAGAGUAAGCAAAAAGGAUCAUCUUCCCUUGUGGGUUGGCAGGCAGUUAUAGGACUGCAAAAUGGGUCUCCGGAUUCACUUUGUUGUUGACCCACAUGGUUGGUGCUGCAUGGGUUUGAUUGUCUUUGUCUGGUUAUACAAUAUUGUUUUAAUUCCGAAAAUUGUCCUCUUUCCUCACUAUGAAGAAGGACAUAUUCCAGGCAUAUUAAUAAUAAUAUUCUAUGGCAUUGCCAUAUUUUGUCUGAUUGCCUUAGUGAGGGCCUCAAUAACUGAUCCAGGAAGACUCCCUGAGAACCCUAAGAUCCCACAUGGAGAAAGGGAGUUCUGGGAAUUAUGUAACAAGUGUAAUUUGAUGCGACCAAAGCGUUCCCAUCACUGUAGCCGUUGCGGCCAUUGUGUUAGGAGAAUGGAUCAUCACUGUCCAUGGAUUAACAAUUGUGUUGGUGAAGAUAAUCAUUGGCUUUUUCUGCAGUUGUGUUUCUACACUGAACUUCUUACUUCCUACGCACUGAUGUUUUCUUUCUGCCACUAUUAUUACUUUCUUCCGCUAAAAAAGCGUAACUUGGACCUCUUUGUCAUUAGACAUGAGUUGGCCAUUAUGAGACUAGCUGCUUUUAUGGGUAUUACUAUGUUAGUUGGAAUAACUGGACUCUUUUAUACUCAACUAAUUGGCAUCAUCACAGAUACAACAUCUAUUGAAAAGAUGUCAAACUGCUGUGAAGAAAUAUCCAGACCCCGAAAGCCAUGGCAGCAGACCUUCUCAGAAGUUUUUGGCACUCGUUGGAAGAUCCUGUGGUUCAUUCCUUUCAGGCACAGGCAACCACUGCGAGUUCCCUACCACUUUGCCAAUCACGUCUAAACAGAUGGAUGGUGGGCACAGAUGGGUCCUCCAUGCUGGAAAUGCGUUACAGGUUUUAUGAUAAUAGAACUAUGACAGUCUUCAAGUCAAUUAAAAUCCACCCACCAAUCUUAGGCAUCAUAAUGUGCCCCAGGCUUUAUUUUAAUAGUGAUCUUGAUCCUGUUGUGGGACUAAUACAAGAUCUAUAUUUAAGUUUUAAAGCAUGUUUACUUUCAAAUUAGCUUUCCACAGGGAUUUCUUUAAAUGCUUUUGUUACUCAACUCAAAAGGCAGUGAUUGGAAUGAAAUGAUUGUGCAUAAUUUCUUUUAGUACUAUUAAUGUUACAGAUUUUAAUUUAUGGGAAAUUUCAGGUGUUUAUUUAAAUUUAUCACUUUUAAUCAGCCCUCACCAAAUCUGAAUUUAUUCUUCAGGUUUUACAAAAGUUGAUGCACCUUCUUAUAUUAUAUGUAAAUUUUCCUCUUCUAAUACAAUUAAGUACUUAAUACUUCCUUUUAUACGUGCUGCAAGAUUUUUAAAAUGCAGCAUAUGAGUUAACAACCAAAAACGGGCAGUGUUUUCUUUGAAGUGGCUAAUAUUUUCUCCUUUCUCUAUUCGUGGAAAAUAAAAUUAAAAUAACACUAAAAUAAAACACCACCUACCUACCUUAUUUUAAAGGAAAGAUUUAAAAAAAUUUUAGCAUUAACUUUCCCAUUUUUUUUCCUUUUUAUUAUCAUUAUUGGUUGUUGUUAAAAUAUUUGCUCCAAGGAGAAGUUUGUGACCCGUGGACUUGUUUUCCUGUUUUACCCUAAGAUUUUGAUGGACAGAAAGGGUAGAGAAUUUGCAAUAAUUCUGCAUAUACCUUUUCUAGUGCAGUUAUAUGAGAAUGCAUAUGUUUAAAAAAUCCUAGUAUAGCCAGAUAAUAAAUAAUGUACAGUGUAAAGAGGAAUAUUGUGCUUUUACAAAAGUAUAUAUACUUUUUACUUUUAUUUACCUAUUAGUAGAUCUAAAUUGCACAUUGAAGGUUUAUAUGUAAUAGAUAUUGCCCAAGUCAUAUUGAAAUUUUAUUUAAAGGAAAUUACUGUUUAAAGUAGGUAAACAACUUUUAUAUAUCUAUAGUCACCAAGAUUGAAAUUCAAUUUUAAUUGGCCAGUUAUAAUUUGGGUUGAGAGAUAUAUUGUUAGUAGCUAAUGUUAAGAAAUGAAUUUAAAAUAAAAUAUAAUGAUCUAUAUUUAACAUUAACCUAAUACAAAUUUAAAUUGAUAACUGUGGUAGUCUCUUGGGAAGCAUAGAACAUUUGUGUGAAAAGACAUUAGCAUGCUUUGAAAAAAAUUCAGCUUUUUAUAUUUUUUCCAUUGGAAUACUGCAAAAUCCAUCUUUUUUCACAUUAUUUCACUUGAGAAGAUUGAAAGAGGCUACUGUUUUCGAGCAUAUUAAUAUUUUCCUUUUAGUUAGUUUUGAUUAUAAGGAACCACACCUGGAAAAUCACAAACCAGAAGGUACCAGUUCAUCCAGUUAACAAUAUUGUGUUUAGUUCUUUCAGAAAUUGUAAAUGCCUUCUGAAGUAUCCUGAAAUAAUACAAUAAGCUCUUGCCAGAAACAGGAGUACCACGUUUUUCAUGUUCUGACUGUAAUGCUUUUAAAAACAGAAGGACAGAUGAAAGUAUUUAUUGGUACUGAUAAGAUUCACAGUAAAUUUUAUAUGAGAUAUAUUUAUGAAUAACUUAAUGAAACAUAAAUUACUAUGUUUUUAUCAGGCAAAUGGGGUUGGGUUUUGUGCAGGCUAACAUACUGACCAAAUUUGACCUGGUGACAGGACUAAGAGUUAUGAGGAAGUAAUGUAUAGGUAAUGUAGAUAUCAGUUGAAUGCCUUAUGCUGUGUACAUUCCUUUCAAAUGAGGACUUUGAGAAAACAGCAAGUCCAAGUGAAGAUCUGCUAAAGAGCUUUGUGGACUUGUUUAUUCUUCAUGUAGUAUCAGUAGCCACCAUGAAGGGUAACGGAGGUACUCAGGGCCAACUCUGCCUCGGUAAUGAAAACCAGAGAUGAUCCCUUUUCCAUUCUGAUGGCUUUAUUCCUUAGAUUUACCAACUCUAGGGCACAUUCGCUCCCCUCUUUACUCUUUACCCUCUGUGGUACUGAUCCCUGUCUGCCUGAUUCCUCUAAAUUACUGGAAUACAAACUAACAGACUAGGUAGAGCUAUGUUUAUUUUGUUUGAAUGGCAGAAAUGCUAUACAUAUCAAUAUAUUUAUAUGAUACUCUAUAUUAAAUUGUACCUAUAUGUACUUAUACUAUAACUUUCAGUAUUCCCAAGUUAAUACACCUAACCCUACUGUGGGUUUUCUAGUUCUCGUUGUUAAGACUACUAAUGAGAAACCAACUGGCAGUUUCCUUAGGGAGCGCAUAAACUCUGGUGUUCUCUCUGCGCCCUCUUUUGGCUAAUGGUUGUAAUUAUACUGGCUCUAAAGAGAUUUAAUGCCACCUAAGCAAACUGGAUAGCCUAAUUAUGAAACUGUCAUAGGUACAAACUUAUGAAAAAUAUAUGUCAAAAAAUCUAAAGUUUUAUUAACAUAAAUGUGUUCCUGAGUAUGAUGUCAGUUUCUAGUUUGUAAGCAUGUGAUGACUAUUUUGCUUCAUUUAUGCAUAUUCUUAAGGAUAUUUUUUUACUUUCAAUCACAAAUUUAUAUCAGAUCAGGAUAAGCUAAUGGAAACCAUUUCAAUAAUUUUAUUUAAAAUUUUAUUUUUUGAAAUUAAUUUCUUAGAAUUGGAAAAGCCUUUGCUUUAAAUCCUAAUUUAUUACAAAACAGAAAUUUGUUGUAGUUACCAAGGCAACAAAAAUCUGCAUUUUAUUGACUAUCUAAAAAAUAUGUUUUGUUUCUUUAAUCCCAGUUUUGGAAUGAUUUUUUUCCUGGCUCUAUUGCUAUAAAAUAAUAAUAAGAGAUUGAUAAUUUUAUCUUUACUUUUCCUUUUCUUCUCUUUGUUUUUUAACUUUUCCAGCUAGAAUUAUAUCUGUAGCUUUUGUAGCCAAUUUAUUCUGUCUUCUGGAUAACCAUGAAAAUAACUAGAGCUGUUGCGCAUUAGAAAAUAAUUAUGAGCAGUGAGGUUACUGAUGUAAUCUAUAUGUUGAACUGAAGUAUUUCUUUAUAAGCAUUCCAUUUAAUUUUAAGCAAAAUGUACAUUAAAAGAUGUUUUACAUCAAUGAAGUUAUUUAUUGAGCUUCUGGACAAGAAAGGUUUUUACCAUUUACUGAAAGACACACCUCCUGAACCAUCAUCUUUGUUCUUCUUUUUUUCUGCAAACAAAAAUGUUUAUGGACACAAGAUUUUAGGCAAAAUUGACUGAGUUCAGAAUCCCCCAAACAGUAGGCAUUGAAAGAGUUCUUGCUACUUUUGUAACCUAGGCUUUGUUUAAAAAUAUCAAGUGAGCUGAUGUUCCAUUAUAAUAAAUAUACUAUUUUGCUAGAGAGUUGUAUUAAAAAUAUUUGUAGUUAACAUAAGAGAUAGUUAUAUAGAAUUGUAGUUAUUAUAUUGCCUUUUUUUUUAACAGAGGAAAGUAUAGUUUACUUCUAGUAGUAAUAGAAGUAGAGAACAUAAGCUGUAAAGUUUAGUAUGAUGCAUUGUUUUCCAAGGAUCAGACUUUUUCAAGUCACUUUCAUACAAGUAACUACUUGUUGAAGAGAUAUUUCACCCAAAAGGGUAUAUUAAUUCUGAAUGCUAAUCUUGAAGACUUAAGUUAGAACAAAUACUUCUAACCAGGAGGUCUGACCUAAUUUAGAUUAUGGCCACACAUUUUUGUUUGUAGUAGUAGAUCAUGAGUCAGUUCAAAUGUUUGCACAUAUAUUGCUUUAUAUUACAUUGUGUCCAGCCCUGGUUUCCAAUGGUGUUAAUAUUCAUUAACAAAGCUGCUAGUAUCUGCCUAGAUUUUUCUCUAAGACUACUUUUCCUUGCACUUCGUGUAUGAAUAGAUUACCUAGGUCAAAUUUACUAAACUAUAGCUAUUCAUUAAAUACGUUUUUGACAUCUCUACUAUAUAUGUGAAAAUAUAUAUAGAUUAUAGAAUAUAGAAUUUAUUUGGUAGAGUUUACGCUUACAUUAAGUAGUAUACUAAUAGAAGUAUUGGAUUUUCACCCAACUCUGCUAUUGCUUUUAAAAAUAUACUACCUAUUGGCAAGUGUAGGAAGUCAUGUACAUUUCUAAUGUUCUGCUUGCCUGUCUUACUAGCCAUAUAAUUAGCUAAUGAAUCAAUAAAUAUAUUAUUUAAGGCCCACAUUUGUUCCUAUCUAUUCUAGGGAUCAUCCUCUGCAUUUAUAUAGAAAUCACAAAUUUCAUUAUGCUAUUCAACUAUUUAGCUAUUCUCAGUUUAUUCCAGAAUAUUUUACAGUAGAAUAUGAGAAAGUAAUAGAAUCAACUUGCUUGAAGUAUUUUGAAGCAGUGCUGUUGUUCCAUAUUUCAAUCAGUAUUCGACAAUUCUACUACCUUGAGCAGGAUGAUGGUUUAACUUUAGGAAAGUGCCUAUUUUCUCUGACUUCUUCUUUCAUUAUCAUUGUGCAGUAUUUAGCAACAAAAUUACUGUAUUUUUGUCUGUUUUUCAGAUGUUGCAAUACUGCCUGCUAGUGAUAAAUUUGAAACAGAAAUAACAAUAGUAUAUGAAAUUCUUAAGUCAUUGGUAUUUAAUGGUCUUUUCUGUUAUAUUUUUAACUAUCAGAAUGUCCUUUUUUCCUUGUCUUACCAUAGAGGACAGGUACAAAUGAGUAGUGAGUAGCAAAAAGUUUGGGUGAAGACAGUAGGGUAACUUAUUAAGAUGGAAAGAAGUCUUAUUAGAUAAAGCAUAAAUAACAUCUCAGCACACAGUUUACUGGAUAGUGUUACUGUGACAUCAGAAAAUCCCCUACUACACAGUAAUCAUUUUAGCCUUGUCUUGCUAAUGCACGUAAGCAUUUGAGAUGUUUUAUCUAAGGAAUUUAUAUUGCUGUUUCUCUUCAGCUGGUCAGAUAGAGGCCUUUGAGAAAUCAUCUUAAAUAUCAUCAUAAUGUAGAUAUGUUGAAGUGUUAAGAAUAAUGUCCAGGUGCAGUUAUUUAAUGUAGAGGAGAAGUGACGUUGGAGAAACCUGAGAGCUUUUCUAAGAAUCUCCUGUUUCAAAGAGAGUACCAAAUGUUAUAUGAAAUUUUGUCACCAGAGGACAAAUGAACUAUUUAUAUAUAAAGGGUGAUUUUUACUUUAAAAUUCGGGAUAUUUUGCAGUUCUUGAUACCUUGAAGGUCUUCUUUCCUAUUGAUGUUUUGAAUACCUGUAACAUGUAGUAUUUACCACAAUUGUUCAACACUCAGAUCUUUUUUUGCUAUUGAUAGCUUUAUAGAAACAAAAAUGCAGACAAAACAGCAACAGAAGGUGUGUUUCUUUUUUGUGUGUUCCUUACCCAUUUGACCAAGUACAGGGUUUACUUGUUUGUAGGCUGUUAACUAAAGGAAAAGCUUGUCUGCAUAUUGCUAGCUCUGUAUUCUAGCCAGUAUGCAUAGGGUGAUAUUUUAACCUAAUGAUGCCUGAAGUCAGUGUUUCAAAACCUCAACAACUAAAACAGAUCCUGGUGCUACUCACUUUAGCAUUGAGUGAUGUUUUAAAUUCCUGUACCAAAGAGUUUAUUUUCUUUUUUAGUUGACUGAGAGUUUUCUUCUCACAUCUUUCUGUUUAUAAUUGUAGAAUUUAAUGUUACCAAGAACAGUUUUGAUUAACAGUUUUUGCAUGCUGCUGUCUCAAUUUAAUCUUGUUUGUACUUUUUUUUUUUAGUUAGGCAGAUUAGUAUGGUUUUUAAUUUGAUUAUUUAAUAUAGCUUGCUACUCCAAAAGGUAGUUUAAUAGGCUGAACUUAAAAGAGAUCAUUGAAGCACUUUCCACAAGAUUUUUAAAGUUUAUUUCAUUUCUGCAUAAGAACUCUACUUUUAUUUCUGUAAAUGGACUAUAUAGCUUAUUGGGCUCUUUUAAUGAACUAAGAAAAAUGCUAAAAUGAAAAGUUAAGGUCCCAUUCUCAUCACAAAGCAAGAAUUCUGUGUCUAUGUGUGUAUGUGUAUGUGAUUCUUAGGGGCAUUCAAAAUGAUAUUGCCAUUUGUCUCUUUGCAAAUAAAGAUGAAACUAAGACUACUACAUACAUGUACACACACAUACACACACUCUUUCUCAAGAGGAUAUGCAAAUAUAUCUUGAUUUAAGCAAAACUCCUUAUAGAAAAUUGAACUUUACCCAAAAGGGGGGGAGGGGUGUGUGUGGGGGGGGUGACUCCUGGAUGUUAUUACUCACUUUACGUGAAAAGUCAGAGUAAGAGUAUUUUAAAAACUAAUUUUGCUUAGUGAUCUAUUUUACAAACAUGUAUAUACUAUACUGGUUCACUAUUUUUUUCCCUUGAAACUCUCAAAAUGCUCAUUUAGUGUCCUUAAAAUUGCAGCUAAAAUGGUUAAUCAUUCUGGCAAGAAGAUAACAGUAUAUAUGUUUGAAAAAGUAGACAAUCACGUAUAAGAAUGUUUUGCAUUAUUUUCAAUCAGCUGAAAUAAGUCUCUCCUCGACGAUAGAUGCAGUAUGUGGUUUUGCAGUCAAUUCUGAAUGGAAAAAAAGAAUCAAGUCUGAAACUUAUGUGAAAUUUGACUUAAGAUCAUUUGAAUAAAACAUAAAAAUUCAGAUAUACAUAUCACUAGAGGUAAAUCAAAAUUUGUUUGAAAGCAAAAUUGGGACAAAGCAACAUUAUAUCUCUCUGUAGUCUGUCAACAGUAUUUCCUAGAUUGCAUUUCUACUGUGUUCAUUCUGAGUUAUUCACCUUUUUGUGUAGUAUUUAAAUUAAUAUAAUGUGGCUGGAUGCAGUUAUUUGUUCAAGUUAUUGGGUAGAGGAGGAUUCCCAGAGAUGAAUAUUAAAAAGAAAAAAAAUUCUCUUUUAGCAUAGGUAUUAUAAAACUAUUAAGUGAUAUAAUAGAAAGAAUUUUUAUUCCAAUAAGAUGUACUUAGUAAGUUGCAAAUUUAACAUGAGGGGAACAAAGGUAGGCUAUAGGGAGUACUGAGCAUAGAUGAAUCAAGCUUUGUGUCUCACUGCAAUUAAUCUUUUUGUUUUCUUUCUUUCUUUGAAUCUGACUGGAGAGUUUUAAUGAUUCAGUAAAAUCUGUGUUAUUUUUAAGGCUCCUAAAAUCUUGUGUCACCCCCAAAUUGUGUAUCACAUUAUAUAUAUCCCUGAAGUGAAAGAUUUUCCUUUUAUUUUAGUAGUAUUAUGUUCCAAGUGACAUACGAAGAUCCCAUUUUUAAAUUUGCCAGGUAUUCAGGGCAUAGUAUACUUAAAUCUGAAUACUUUGCUUUGUUGUGUGCUAUUUUACCUUGUUUGUUCCGAUAAGAGCAUUUAAUAAAGUCUUCACUAACAUUCCUAGUGUUAAUGGUAAUAAAGCAAAAAGUAGUUGAGAGAUAUAGGAAAAGAUUGAGAAAAGAGAGAAAAAAUGGAUGAAAAUGACAAGUGGAAACCAUGUAUCUGAGAUAUACUUGUUUAAAUGAAAAGUCUACACUGGUUCUUAAAAUGAGAAACCAUGUAUCUACCUUACAAACGAGGUUUUUUAAAAAUUUAUUUUAAUGAUUUAAUUUUAUUCAUGUGAUGUUUCUAUUUUUCUUUGCAGAUUGUUUUAAUUUAAAAUUGUGGAAUUUUUACUUCUCUUGAAAUGUAUUAUGUACUGUAUUUUUAGAAAUCUUAUUUUUAAAUAAAUAUUUUUAAAAAAUA